UCCAGCGGCCGCUUUUAUCAGCCAAUCAAACUUUCCUGACAUCCCCAACGGAGGGGGAAGCCUGGGAUGCCUCCCUGUUCCUCUGCAGCCUCUCGCUUGGAGGGGAGGGCAGGGAGUAAAGCCCUGGAGAGGCGCCAGCCGGGACCUGGCACCUGCUGCCGGGACUCACUGUGGGGUUUGUCUAGCCACUUUCCCUAGCAGGGGUGUGUUGGGGGGAGCCCUCUUUGCGACUGUCGAAAUGGUUAUCAAAGUGUUUGUUGCUACAUCUUCCGGGUCCAUAGCGAUUAGGAAGAAGCAGCAGGAAGUGGUGGGCUUUUUGGAAGCCAACAAAAUCGACUUCAAGGAGUUAGACAUAGCUGGGGAUGAAGACAACAGGAAGUGGAUGAGAGAGAAUGUUCCUGGAGAGAAAAAACCUCAAAAUGGGAUUCCCUUGCCUCCCCAGAUCUUCAACGAAGAGCAGUACUGUGGGGAUUUUGACUCUUUCUUCUCUGCAAAAGAAGAGAACAUUAUUUAUUCGUUCCUUGGUUUGGCUCCCCCUCCAGGCUCAAAGGUGACGAAGUCGCCUGAGGAAUCGUCCUCCCUUCCCAAUGGAGAUGUAGCGGGAGAGUCGGAAGGCACUGCGGAGGAAGCAGAGAAGGCUGAAGAGAGUGGAGAAACUGAGGCACAAAAAGAGGAAGAAGGCGCCAGCCACAUCUCUGAAUCCCAAGAGAAGAAUGAAGAAGAGGGAGAGAAAGCGACGGAAGAGACAGAAGAGGUAAUGGAGGAAGGAGCAAAAGGGGAAGCUGAGGAAGAGGAUGCCGGAGAAGAGGAGGCAGGAGAAGAGGAAGAUUCAUAGAUCUCUUGAUCGACUUUUCGACUCUUCAGCUUUCCCAGACAGUCCAAGCCGGAAGCAACAUUUCAACUCUCUUCACAAACCCAACGAAACACCUUGGCCUGAAGUUAACUCUCUUCCCUCAGCACACCAGUGUUCACCGACGAUGACUACUACCUGCUGUGGUUAGAUGUACAUGGAUGUCUACUUAAUCAUAUCAAAAUGAAACCAAACGUGCAGGCAAUGUAUGCGUACCUUCCUGUGCCCGACACGCCUGACAUUCUUGGGCUUUGCUCACAUUAUUAUUAUUAUUAUUAUUAUUAUUAUUUUGCUUUGCACAAGUAGACCUCAUUAAUGCUCUGGUGAAACGAUUUUGAGUAACAGACUUUCUCCUUGUGAUCCCACAGCGUCUGUUUAUGCGUACUUGUGUACACAAUCACAAAUAAAGAUUGAGAGCAAGCAUCUGA